ACUGUGGGAAAUGUAGGAGCGGGGGUCACAACAAACGACUCACUUUUUUCUUUUUCUUUUUUUUGUUAGAAAAGAAAAACUUGUGGAAAAAUACUAAUUUUAUUCAAGUUUAAAUUAAAACAGUUAGUCUAUUCUCCAUGUCAGAAAAUAAGAAAAACAUUUGUCUUUUUAUUAAACUCACAUUUGUAAAACGAUGGGACUAUCCAGGACCUCCUUCUUCAUGACGGAUGGAGGAGGAGAGAUUCUGCCAGACGUUUCUGAUGUGAGUUGUUGCCAUGCUGCGAUGCGGGCUUUGCAGACAGCAAUAGAUGCACAGAGGCUGAGGACGGCACCGGUGGCUUUGCCUAGUUCCUCUGCUUGUUCAGGCAGGAGUUUGGGUUCAGUGGCCAUCUUCAUCGUGGAUUACACCAGCAACGUGAUGUUGUUUGCCGCCACUGAGGCUUGGAAGGUGCACUGAUAAUCUUCCUGAUCAUGCUGCUGUCUCUGGGUCAGUUCUCUCUCUCUCUGCUGUCUGUGGGUCAGUUCUUUCUCUGACCAAGGACGUGAAGGAUGUGAUGUGAAGUGGAGGGAAGGAGGUGAAGGAGGUGAAGGGAGCAGCAGCAGAUUAACACUCAGCCACUCUCAGAUCCUUAAAUCAACAAAGGAAAUACCAGAAGAAGAAGAAACACAAACACUUCCUCUGCUCUACUGGAGGAGGCGGGGUCUAUUCAGCUCCACCAAUCAGCUUCUCUGACAGUCAUGGGAAACGUCUGUGAUCGGCAAAUCAGAGGCUGGUCUGAGUGUCUCCAGGGGCAACGGUGAAGUCCAAAACAUGAGUAGAGAGAAGAGAAGAAGGACAGAGAGACAGAUGGAGAGAAGAUCGACAGUUAAGAACUGAGUCACAGGUGAGACCAGUGAACACAGAAAGGUAGACAGACAGACAGGUAAACAGAGCGACAGGCUGUUCUGACCACAGGAAGACCAGAGUGAUUCUGGAUCAGACCUGGCUCAUAGGCAGGCUCUGAGACGUCUGUAUCUGUUCUGAAGGUCUCUGGAGCGCAGAGGAACGUCAUCCUGUGUGAUGGUCUGUCUACAGACUCUUCCUGGAAGUUUUUUUACCCCUGACGUUCCGCUGACCUCCUGUCAUCCGACUCUUCUGUCCACCUGGGGAUAAGGUCCAAGAGCUCAGGGAUUUAGGUGUUGGGUCUGGCGCUGCCCCCUGCUGGCGCUGCCUCCGGCAGCAGUGAUGAAGACUCACCUGUAUCUGUCUGCGUCUCAGCAGGUGAGGCCGACUCACAGACCAACCUGGUCAGUCUGGUCAGCUUCAGCCUGGAUUCAUCCUCCACAUGCUCGGCGCCAGAACCCCUGGAGCGCACCUUGACCUGCGUCGCACCUGGGGGAGACCAUGUGAGCCUGAAGGAGGAGCAGAAGAGGAGCAACCCCCUGUCUCUGACUCAGAGGGUGCAGGUGAACCGCAGGAUCCUCCAACACCUGCUGACCAACCAGAGGACACACCUGGAUGACAGCCAUUCAGAGAGCAGAGAGCACAAUGGCACAGGUUUUGUUGUGAAUGAUUCAGGGUCUGAGAUUCUUCUGAGAGACGAAAACAACCAGAGUCUCUUUGUGUCAGCUCGGUUGCCGCGGCAGCAGCAGUGCGAGGACGGAGCUCGUAUGAAGCGUCGCUGUGUUCCUCUGAGAGGAGACCACAACCUGCUGACCCCCGACACACACACACUGUCGGGGGUCAGACUGCAUCCUGUCAUCCAGGUGAGGUUGGAGGGCGUGUCCUCUCAUUCAGGACACCUGAGUGAAUCGUCCAGCAGCGAAUUGGCUGUGGGGUCAACAAGGCGACGCCCGGCAGUGUCUCCGACUCGUCGUCUGCGAUUCGAGGAUGAGACAGAGACAGAGGCGGAGUCUCGUUACCUGGAGAGACAGUGGCAGAGGAGGCGGGCGGGACAACGGGGGACAGGUGUCCUGGUCUCCAAACCAGACCUGAACUUGUACAUCAACAGCAGGGCAGAGGUGGGUCUGCAUGGGGCACAGUAUGAUGUUGACCGACAGCACAGAGGACAAACGCCAGCUGCGGGAGCAGGGGGGGUGUGGGUUGCAGGUCAGUGUGACUCCUGUGGGAAAAUUUUAGGUGGUGGAGUCAACCUGAACCUCUGUCUAAAACCACCUGUACCUGAUGACAGGGGGCAGGGCCUGUUCCGGCCCCAACUCAACCUGCGGACUGAGCCAAUCAGAGAGACCUACAUUGGCUCUGUCACACCUGGUGAGAUCAGAUCCCCGCGAGGAGGGGGUGUCUCAGGGUGUGUCUCCAACAUGCAGGUGAGGAGGAGUACCAAUCAGGUGGAACUUAAUGGAAACCAGGCCAUGCCCACCACAGACCUGCCAAUCAACCCCUACGCCCCUGACCCGCUGACCACACCCAUCUUCAGAUGCCCCUCCUCCUCAUCUUCUCCAUCACUGCUGAUGUCACAGAGUGUCAGGCUCAGCAGCACAAAGGCAGGACAGGAUCUGAACCAGGACCAGGAGGAGCAAGGGAGAGCUGCAGCAGCCAAGCCCCACAGAGAGCUCCGAUCUGGGGCAGAGCUGAAGGAGAGAAGCCCCUGUGUGGAAGAGGGGGGAUGUGUGGAUUUCAGGAUGACGAACUCUUCUUCCUCCUCAGAGAGGAGCUCAGACACAACAGCUGAGAGCCGAGCCCCGCUCACCCUAGAGAGCAGCAGUGACGGACAGGUUAAACAGCCCACAAGAGCAGAGCUCCACAGUGCCGACACUUCACCUCCCGAACACUUCAGCAGCAGAGAUGAAUCCUCUCGACUUUCUCUGCGUCGUCUUUUCUCCACCGUCACACUCAACAGGACGCGAACUGGCAGUCUCGAUCGACUCAGCAACAGGCCCCGCCCCUUGGCAUCAGAGUCCACCCCCCCAGGCCCCGCCCCCCCCAACCUGCUGAGGAAAUAUCCGUCAGUUCAGUCGCUGAAUGUGAAGGGGUCGCCUUUCUUGCAGUUGAGGAAGUUGUCGUCAGUUCAGAGUUUUGGGUCGGAACAGAAGAAGAAGAAAGAUCGCUCUGCUGACUACAAACCAGCUGCUGACAGGUUCCUGCAGCGUUGUUUGAGCGUCGAGGACGUUGGUAGUCCCUGUUCUUUACGUUCUGUUGGUCGAGUUCUUCAGGUUGGUUCUGAUGGAACGUUCCUGUUAGAACUGAGUCGACCAACGAACCAAACGUACGGCUUCGUCAUCAGCCGAGGGAGAGGACGACCCGACACUGGUGUAUAUGUGGAAGACAUGAUGGACAGCAGUACGGAGAAGCUCUAUGCGGGUCUGCUCUCGGUUGGAGACGAGAUCCUGGAGGUGAAUGGGGAGAAGGUGGCCUGUCUCAGUCUGGACCAAGUGACCCACCUGCUGACCCAGAGCACCUGUGCUACUGUCCGGGUCCUCCGACACCAGAGGACCAUUCCACGGUGACUGCAACCCCACCUGACAGUAAUUACGACCACAAUAACCAUGACACCACCUGACUGCAACUACAACUUAAACCAGUGUACCUGAACUCAGCUUGAUAACCAAACCACACCUGUGACACCUGACCCAACCAGAACUUUAGCUCCCUAACGCACUGAACACAAAGUGAACCAAACUGAAAAUGAACUUUGAUGCACUUCUUGCAAAAACUGCAACAAGCAGACCGAGCUGACUGUAACAUGAGUGACACGACAGAGCAGGUGGUCCAACCAGAACUUAAUUGCACAACCACAACCUUUAACCUUCCACAGGACCCCCCACCCCCCAUCCUGUUGUUUUACACAGGAAAUCAAAUUCUCCAUCUUCCGUUUUCACAGCCUCCAGGUCUACAGGUAGAUCAGUCCAGGUGAGGGACGUUCACAGCAGAAAAAUCAGCAGUUAAACGCAGAGUUUGUGUUUAUGAAGCUUUUAAGAGCAACAAAUGUGUUUCUAAAUGGUCAGAAGAGAGAAAUGUAAAGUUCAGGUACACAGUUUGUCAAGUCUUAAAACAACAGCGUCCAGCUGGACACUGAAACUGGUUUGUUUGCUUUAAUCACCCCUCAUACUGGUCAUACUGGCCAUUAUGGGACAUACAAGUGCAAACAUGAAGUGAAAACAUCAGCAGGUUAAUCUGCUGACUUUACAUUAAAAACCUUUCUGAGCUUUGGAUUCUUGUUUCACUUUUCUUCACCUUCACGCCUGUUGUCAUGUUUAAUAACAAUAUAACGUUAAGUGAUUUUAUUUAAUCCAGUCAGUGCUGUUCCCAGCUUUUUGUUGUCCUCAGGACUCGCAUAUUAACUUUUGCAGUAUUUAAAG